UAAAUGUAGCGCGGUGGCGCGGACCGGCAGCUGUGUCCGAGGGGCUGCGGUGCAGCCAUGCAGUUCCCGCACCCAGGGCCCGCGGCUGCGCCCGCCGUGGGAGUACCGCUGUACGCGCCCACGCCGCUGCUGCAGCCCGCUCACCCGACGCCCUUCUACAUCGACGACAUCCUGGGUCGCGGGCCCGCCGCGCCCACGCCCACCCCCACGCUGCCAUCUCCCAACUCCUCCUUCACCAGCCUCGUGUCCUCCUACCGGACCCCGGUGUACGAACCCACGCCGGUCCACCCCGCCUUCUCGCACCACCCUGCCGCCGCGCUGGCCGCCGCCUACGGUCCCGGUGGCUUCGGAGGCCCUCUGUACCCCUUCCCGCGGACGGUGAACGACUACACGCACGCCCUGCUCCGCCACGACCCCUUGGGCAAGCCCCUGCUCUGGAGCCCCUUCCUACAACGGCCCCUGCACAAAAGGAAAGGCGGUCAAGUGAGGUUCUCCAACGACCAGACCAUCGAACUGGAGAAGAAGUUCGAGACUCAGAAAUACCUCUCCCCGCCUGAGAGGAAGCGUCUGGCUAAGAUGUUGCAGCUCAGUGAGAGACAGGUCAAAACCUGGUUUCAGAAUCGACGCGCUAAAUGGAGAAGACUCAAACAGGAGAACCCUCAAAGCAAUAAAAAGGAUGAGUUGGACAAUUUGGACACUCCCUGUGGCCAGGGCCGGGACUCACCCAGUGAGCAGAAUAAAGGCGCCUCUUUGGAGACUUCUCAGUGUUCACCUUCCCCAGCUUCUCGGGAAGACUCUGAGAUCUCAGAGGAUUCGGACCAGGAAGUGGACAUUGAGGGUGACAAAGGCUACUUUAAUGCUGGAUGAUGGUCACUGGCGUCGUCUAGAGAUUGGACUUGCAGAUAAUGUUUUGCUACAAACUGGAAGACUAUGGGAGAGAAAAAGAAUGUCAUUCUUGUAGUGUUCUGAAACUGUUUAGUGCACUGGCUAAUUAACAAAUAUGCAUUGAAACCAUAAUUUUGACUUUACAGAUGGUAUGUAUAUAUACACACACCAGUUUUAAGUUGAUAAAGUGGCUAAAUGCAUCCCUAUUAAUUUCUAUUUAUGAGAAGUAAUUUGAACUUUCAUUUAAAACUUAAAUUAUAACUUUAAAGGUUUUAA